GAUGUAACCACAGACUAAUAAUCUGUGAUGUAACCAUAGAAUAUGUCAUGAAGUAAAUUAUGUGGGCAUGUGGCCAAACAAACACUAUCGCUAUUGCGUAGGUUGAAAAAGGCUAUUGUUUGCUAAGCUAAUUUUCCUCCUUACCGUCAUCUUGCAAUCUAUAAGUAUAAUUUUAUACUCUUCUUUUCAUAACUAUAUCGGUGUUCAGUGAAGCAGGAUUUAUUUUCUCUGGUGUAAAAUAAUUUUUUGGCAGGUGCAUUCAAGUUCCUUGUGGUCAGUAAAAUAAGGAAUUAUUAUUUUAUAAGUCGUUUUAUUUCUUCCUUCAGAAAUGACCGAAGAACGUCUUCAUAUUGAUUGGGGCAAUGAUAAACUUUAUAGAACUCAAAAACAGGUGGAAAGGAACCCUUAUGAUCUAGAAGCUUGGUCCAUUCUAUUGAGAGAAUGUCAAAUCAAGCAUGUAUCGGAAGUACGUGCCCUUUAUGAGCAUUUAAUCUCAAUAUUUCCUAGUGCUUCGAGAUACUGGAGAAUAUAUAUAGAACAUGAAAUGAAAUUCAGAAAUUUUGAGAGAGUCGAAAAGCUUUUCCAAAGAUGCUUAAUGAAGAUACUGAAUAUCGAACUAUGGAAAUUGUAUCUGGCCUACGUCAAGGAAACGAAAGCUUCACUUCCAACUUAUAAAGAGAAGAUGGCUCAGGCGUAUGAUUUUGCUUUGGACAAGAUAGGAAUGGAUAUACAUGCUUAUUCUAUCUGGAAUGAUUAUGUUAACUUCCUCAAAGGAGUUGAAGCUAUUGGUUCUUAUGCGGAAAAUCAAAAGAUAUCUGCAGUUAGAAAAGUAUACCAAAGGGGAAUCAUCAAUCCCAUGACAGGAAUGGAAACAUUUUGGAAGGAUUAUAUUGCAUUUGAGCAGGCUAUCAAUCCAAUUAUUGCUGAAAAAAUGAGUAUUGAGAGAAGUAGGGACUACAUGAAUGCAAGACGGGUUGCCAAAGAGCUGGAGGUUCAAAUCAGGGGAAUCAAUCGAAAUGCUCCCAGUGUACCUCCAAGUGGUACACCUGAAGAGAAGAAACAGGUUGAACUGUGGCAGAAGUACAUUGCAUGGGAAAAGAAUAAUCCUUUGAGGACUGAAGAUACUGCAUUAUUAACAAAACGCGUUGUAUUUGCUUUAGAACAAUGCCUUUUGUGUUUAGGCCAUCACCCAGAUAUAUGGUAUCAAACAGCCCAAUUCUUAGAAUAUAGUUGUAAAAUACUAGCAGAAAAAGGGGACGUGAAUGCCUCAAAACUCUUCAGCGAAGAGGCAGCAAAUAUUUUCGAGAGAGCUACCAGCACAUUACUAAGUAAAAAUCAACUUUUGUACUUUGCAUAUGCCGAUUACGAAGAGGGACGCUUGAAAUACGACAAAGUACAUCAGAUAUACUCUAAAUACUUAGAAAUACUCGACAUAGAUCCUACUCUGGCUUAUAUACAGUAUAUGAAAUUUGCCAGGAGGGCUGAAGGCAUUAAAUCUGCUAGAGCUGUAUUCAAGAAAGCUAGAGAAGAUUCCAGAUCUCAUUAUCACAUCUUUGUUUGUGCUGCUCUCAUGGAAUAUUACUGCAGUAAAGAUAAAAACAUAGCGUUUAGGAUUUUCGAGCUAGGUUUAAAGAAAUUCGGAGAUGUUCCAGAGUAUAUAACAUGUUACAUUGACUAUUUGUCUCAUUUGAACGAAGAUCAUAAUACCAGGGUGCUAUUCGAAAGGGUAUUGUCUUCAGGGUCGUUGGAAAACGAAAAAUCAGUAGAUAUUUGGAACCGGUUUUUGGAAUUUGAGUGUAAUAUUGGUGACCUACAAAGUAUUGUAAAAGUAGAAAAGAGGAGGUCUGAAGUUUUAUCAAAAAUUAAGGAAUUCGAGGGAAAAGAAACAGCUCAAUUGGUUGACAGAUAUCGCUUCCUUGACCUCUAUCCAUGUUCAGCACAAGAACUCAAGAGCAUUGGGUACACAGAAGUUAUCAACAUAACAAGUGCUGGGAGAAAUCAUAUCCUUCAUUCUAUUAUCUCUGGAGAUUCAGAAUCCCCCUUACCCAUGCCAGAUUAUGCACAGAUGAUUCCUUAUAAACCCAAGGCUAACCCUAUUCCUGGUGAACACCCAGUACCAGGUGGAUCCUUUCCAUUUCCUCCAGCGGCCGCACAUUUGUGCACAUUACUGCCACCUCCUAAUUGUUUCAAAGGUCCAUUUGUUGUUAUUGAUCAACUUACAGAUGUUUUCAAUAGAAUUCGUCUUCCGGAUUCAGCACCACAACCAUCAGAACAUGGAGACAUCCGUCUUUUUGAUCUUGCGAAAUCAGUGCAUUGGAUAAUGGAAGAAGGCGGAGGAAUAGGAAUAAAGAGGAGGAGAAAGAUUGGUUUGAUGGAAGGUUCGGACGACGAAGACGGCCCUUUGCCGCCGAUGAAUGACAUAUACAGACAGAGACAACAAAAGAGAGUGAAAGCAUAGAAAACUAUGCAAUCAUAUUAUAUUUUUCUGAUUCAUUAAUUUUUAUUAUUGAUUGAUCUUUAACUUUAGUCAAAAUUUGUUAUUGCAUAUGAAUUUAUCAUUUUUUAUGUACUUGAGGAUGUAAUCAAUUUGUCUUCAAAUUUGA